UUAGGGAAAUUGUUGAUUGAGACGCCGUGGCACAGCACCAAGAACUUAAUAGGAAGAGGAGAUAGUGCUCAUAAGAAUAUGGCAGAUGUUCCACCUGCACUCACCCUAGAACUUCCCAAGAAAAGUGAUCUUCCUAACACAUUCAAACCUUGGAAUGAAGUCCAUCUUCCAAUUGACAUUCUUUUGUUGACAGUGGAUGACUGUGAGUUCUUAGCCUGUUUUACAUACCUGAGAAAUGCCAUUAAAAGUUACCAGAAGAACCUUGGAUUCGUGUACUUUGGGAACAUGGGUGAAAGUGGAGAUGUGCCCCUAAAAGUUGCUUUGAUGACAUGUCUUGAAGGCUCUUCUGUUCCACAUGGUUCACUGGUCACUGUUAAGAAUGCUGUGGUAGAACUAAGACCCAAAGCUGUUUUCUAUAUUGGAUGCUGUGAGGGGUUAAACCCCGAAGUCACCAAGUUACAGCUUGGUGAUGUGGUGGUAUCCUCUAAGCUUACAACUGAAUCAUUAAAAACCCCGGUGGGAAGAGAUAUCUUGCACCUUGUCAGGCAUGCAGAUCAUGGCUGGAUCCCUCCAUUAAAAUGUCCAGAAGAUCGUAAAGUUCAGGUCUGCUGUGGUGGGGAUAUUUCAAGUGGCAUAAAGCCAGUCAGUACUAAACAGCAAAACAUGUCUCAUAUUACUCAAGCUACUGCAUUUGAAAUUGGUGGUGAAGGUAAGAUAUUUAUUCCCUGUUAAAUGACAUCAUUUCUCUCUUGUUACGUUUUCUUACAAGAGGCAUGGUGGCCCGUGGUGAACAUCUCAAUCUUCAGAUCUAGAGGUCCAGGUUAAGGGACUGGUCAAAAAGUAUAGGGAGGGGGGGUGGGCUGGAGCAGAGAGGGGGUGGGUCAUGAGGUUUUGAGCCUUGUGUAAGGGGUGGGUCGUGCGAUUUUCAGCUACCCUUAGGGGGUGGGUCACCCUAUUUUAUAACAUAGACGGGCACACAUUUAAGUCUUCAUACUAACGGGACAGUUGACCACACUGUCUUGAUAUAUAAAACACAGCCAGCUGAAAUUACUGCUAAAAAUACUCUCAAAUCUGUUGUGUCCUUUUUAAAAUGCAAUUUUAAUAAAAUGUACGAUUUUUUUUUAUUUCAUUGCUGUUUAAAAUUCUGAUGCCUUAGUGUGGUCUCCUAUGUUGUAACUUGUUACAUAUAUUCUUGAAAGAAAGCAAACAAAGAAACACGAGGUCCUAUUUCUUUUCAUGACAAUAGGUAUCAAUAUUAUGACGGUUUGUAAAAUGGAUAAAACAAACGAACAAACAAAACAGUCUGAAUAGAUACAUGUAACACUGCCAUGUGAAAGUUUCUGGUAUUUUGAAUACGUUUGUUAGGAUUGUCUUGAUAUUUCUGCUUAUUUUAUAAAUCACCAUUUACAUAUUGUUCCAUAAGCUCAGCCUGUUCAACCGUCAUCAUCUCUUGCUCUUCAAAAUCUUCAUCACUGCUCUCGUCACUUCUCCCUUCACCACUGCCCUCUUCAUCACCGCUCUCGUUGUCACUGCUUUCUUCAUCUGUUCUUCCUCUACUGUCGUCCUCGCUUUUGCUGAGAUCCUCGGCUAUCACCUUGUGCACAACUGCCUUCAGGUUCUGAAGACACUCGCUUGUAACGUUGAUCGGAAGUUUUUCGCUCCUGAGGAUGGCUUUAAUCCACUUAACUUGGCGAAGUUGGAGAAGCUGUACCUUGUUCAGGUCAAGAUCAGUAACAACGCCACCGCUUCUGUAUGAGGGAGAAAUGCUGGAAAGUAUCUUGUCGAUAUUAACCUGCAACCUUUUCAUUUUCCUCGUCCUUGCCUUUGUUCUUCCUUCUUUUACCAGCCUGCUGUUUGUUUUGAGGUUUCCUCUGGUCGUAAACUUAUACAAUCGAUUGUGCUUUGUUAUCAGGUCUAGUAACGUUUGCUUGAUUUCUCGGGCCAUUGCUUCAUUCUAGCGAAGUGUCCCAAAACACUUCUCAUGGAACUGGUGCGCACAUUCGUUACCCGUCUUGAGUUUAGAAGUGGUCUUGGAAAAUAGUAUAAAGGCCUUGCUUUACUUUGUGCUGUUUCCUUAGACAACAAACUUUGAUUCAUGUCCCUCUCCAUCCAGGUGUGUAAAUGGGUGUGGUUAUGAUCCUUUGUGAUCCUGUUUUCAAUCUGAUCUUUCAAGAUCUAUUCUAUGUUUUGACAAUGAUGUUUAUGUUUAUUAACUUCCUGUAUUUUCUAUACUAAAUUAUGCAUAAAAAACUGAUUGGAGGACAGCAGUUUAAAUGGUGUUUUCCUUUGGAUGAAAUACAACAGGAUAGUUAAAUUCUAUUAACAUCCUUAUGCAUAAGAUGGUUUUUUAUUUGUUUGUCCUGUUUUUUGUUAUUUAAAUAAUUUUAUGCUGAUUUAUAUGUGCCUUUUAAAAUCACUCAGUGUUACCAUUUUCUGCCUACCCGUUUGCACAGUAAAUGAUAAUUAUUGUUUAUGUUGUCACAUCUUGAUCAACCCUGGUUGUGAUGCUCACUGGUGGAUCUUUUUGCAUCUUGAAUUAUGAUUAAUCAUUUUUUGUUUUUUUCCAGGCCUUUUUGUUGCAGCACAUGAUCUUAAGAUUGAAUGGGUGAUUGUAAAAGGUAUUUCUCACUUUGCCGGUGGUAACAACCCUGCAGAAAAUUCUUGGGAGAGUCAUGCAUGCAUAAUGGCAGCUUCUCUUGUGUCCAACAUGUUGAAGGAUCCAUUUGUGUUUGAACAAUGGCCUCAUUAUGAAGGUAGGUGUCAUGCUCCUUUAUUAAACCAUGUGAUAAUUAAAUCCUUACCUGUGUACAGAAGGUCAGUGUUUUUGGUUAAGUACUGAGGUUGAUUGAAAGUACUCACUUUCAAACCUUGUUAAUUAAUCUGUUAUAAUAAACUUGAAAAAGGAUGGAGUUCAACAUUUUUUUGGUCAACUCACAACUGCUGGAAACUAUAAAAUAGGUAAAAGAGAAUUAUGAGAAAAAGGUUACAAAGAAAUAGGUCAGGUGGACAUGAGAGAGAUGUUUCCUGAUAAAAUUGACUGGCUGCUCAUCAUACUAUUUUACGCAGUAAGAUUUGUGGGUUGGUACUCGCAAAGUGCAUACUUAGGGACCUAAAGUCUNUUUCGUUUUUUUGCAAAAAAAAACCAAGUAAAAAAAGGCUUUCUAACAAAAUAUCCAGGAUAUUUUUUUUGAAAAAUUAGAAAAAAAAAAAAAAUUUAAAAAAAUUUAAAAAAUUAUAAAAAAAAAUAAAAAAAAUAAAAAAUAAAAAUAAAAAAUAAAAAAAAGAAAAUUUUUUUUUUUUUUUUUUUUUUUAAUUUAAAUUUUAUAGGGGUGUGUCUUUUUUUUUUGGUGGUUUCCGGGGUUUUUUUUUUUUUUUUUUUUUUUUUUAAAGUAAUAUUUUGCUUCCCUCUUUUGUUUUUUUUUGGUUUUAUUAUGAUUUUUUUUUUUUUUUUUUGACAAGGGCCCCUGUUAUCUUAAAUUUUUUAUUUUUUGUAAAGCAGUUCUGCUAUUUUUAAAGGGGACUAUCUCCUCCUCCUUUUGGUAUCGCUUAUAGAGCUUAAGGGGGGAGACUGGUUAAAAUUUGGGGGAAAUAAUGUUGAUUUGGGAAGGAAAUAUAUGGGGGUAGAAUAGGGUAGAAUCAAUAAACCAGUGGUGGUGGACUAUCUGGUAAUCAUCUACCAAUUAUUAUUCACUUCAUAUUUUAAUUUUUAACAACCCCCAAUUCCAAUGUUUUCCCAUUUUUUCAAAAUUUUAAACAUCUCCCCCCCCCCUAAUUUUUAUACAUUAAAAACAUUCGAAAAAUCAUCCAAAAAUUCUUAAAUAAUUAUUAAUGACUGCGACUGAAUUGAGUCAUUUUUGAAUUGAACAAAAUCUUGGCUAGAUAUUUAAGAAAAAGAGUGAAAAUCAACGAAAAAUAAUGCUUUUAACCAGACUCCCCCUUGAAAUGAAAGUCUUACAUGCCUACAAAGCAGGAUUUUUGUACCUUUUAGUGAUACUUUUGAAUUUUUUAUUUGACCAGCACCACAGUUGUUUAUUAGGGUAGUAUCUCCCCCUCCCUCCCGCCUACGCCCUGAGAACACUAAGGGCAGAGAGGCAUAGAUUCCUACUGGCUACCCCUGGUUACUUUCAUACAAAUUAAAGGAAAAUAGGGCCAAAAGAAUUUCCAGGAUGUUCUAUUUCCCCCGCUCGGCAACUUGAAACCAUAGUGACAGCCCUGAAUGCUAAGCAGUAAGCUCUCUACACUGCUGGCUUUAUUUUCUGGUUUUAGUUCAUCCUAGAACUCUACCCUCUGUUUGGUUGAUAGCUAUGGUUUUGAAAGGUCCAGUAAAUAUUUGGGGGGCUUCUUUCCCGUUUUGAAAAUGUUUUUGAACUGCAACUACUUACUAGAUGCCUUUCAGAGUCAACUCAAUGUGCAGGAGAAAUCUUGCGUAACCAAGUUUAAAAGAUACAUUUAUUGUCUAAAACUGUGCACACUGCAACCAGGCAUCCUUAAGUGAAUUAAAAUGUCAGUACCACCCACAAUUAAGUAAAACCUAAGAUGUAAGCUUUCAGUCCCAAGACAAGCUGCUCAAUCCUUUUUGUCAUUGAAACUUUAUUAUUCAGACUCAGAACCUAAAAUGUGAGUGAUAAAAAAACUGACAGAUUGAUAAACAUUUUUCCCAAAUACUUUUGAAUAACUGUUGUUUUAAAUGUCUUACUUCAAUUUUUAUUCUAUUUUGUUUAACUCACAGACCCGUCCGCAAGGAAACAGCCCUCUAGCUCUGCGGCCAAUAAGGAGGAGUUACCAGGUACUAUUAUGUCCAAUAAAGCAGAAAUGGUACCAGACAUACAGUAGAUUAAAAAUGCUUAUCUUAAUAUGAAAAUGACUUUUAUCGUUUUUUAUAUUGCAAUACAAAAUGAUCUUUAUUGUAGCAGUUGUUUAUAUUUAUUUCAAAAAUAAGUAGCAAAGAAGAAGUAUGAUGUGAUACUUCAAGCGUCAAAUUCUUUCUCUCAUACAAUCUUUUUGUUAGAAUUUUGCUAAGGAAUUUUUUUUCCUUGCGUUAAUCCUCGAGGUCAGUUACACAAAAUAAGAAUUAUUUUUAGCACCCAACCACAAACAUCACUAACAGCUUUGGAGAGGUACCCCUCUAUGGGCUUGUCCUCCCUGAACCUCUCUUUGUGGGGUAACACCCCUUUACACUUGCUUUACUGCUGCAGUCUUCAAAGAUAUUUACAUAUAAAUUUUACUCGGCCAAGGUUGCCCAUCCCGCCAUAUUCAUAUUCGUGUAAUUGUAAUAAUUAAUAAUUCUUUAUUUAGCUCACAGUGAAAUUACUUUUUAAACAUUAGAUAACUGAAAUUUGUACUAGAUUAUAACUUUAUAAUAUAAGAGAAACAACAAGUGCGAGCUUGGAAGCUAAAUAAGCUGUUAGAUUUUCUAGUUAGCUCCCCAUCCAUAUUAAAGUCAGUGUGUAAGCAGGUGAAAAAGAAGAAAAUAAAAUAGAUAAAUGAAUUAAUAAAUAGAGGAUAUUACACGGUGGCGCGAAGAUAUGAAUUUUAUUUUCGAGUGGCAAGACAAAAUAAAAUUCAUAUCAUCAAGCCGCCGUGUAAUGUUCUUUUUAUUAUAUAGACAAAAAGACAUCGAUAAAAUGAUAGAGGGAAAUUACCGAAAUUGCGUCAUCGAUAAACUCACGUGUGAGAUUAUGGAAAAUAAACCACUCGGGUCCUGGAUGUAGUUUUUAUGAAUUUUACGAGUGGUAUAUUUUCCAGUAAAACACUCGUGUCUAUAUAAUAAAGAGCAUUCCUUCUACGUUUGACCAUAGUGUUUAUAUUCCUACACUAUAUUCUGGUGUUUUAGAGCCUUUAUAUCUACAUGCACUGUUGCUUUCAUUUCUGUUGGUGUAUCAUGAGUUGAGGAGAUAGUGUUUUUAAAUAUGGAAAUUUGAUUUAUAUUUGGUGAUCUAAUCAGUUUAUAUAAAUGAGGACCUAUCAUAUUUUGUGCGUCAACAACCCCCAAUUAACUUUCCUCGCCUAUUAAGAUGUCAAGUUAUUAACGAACAAUUCUUUAAAAAAAGGAACGUAAAAUUUUUUCUCAACAGAUUCUCGUUGCCUAGAGGAGUGCCAGAAACAGCUGCGAUCAAUUUAUGAAAUCAACAGCAAAGUCAAAAUCGUUCCGUGGGACCAAAGCUCUGCCGUUCAUAUCGAUGAAAUUUACACCCAGUUGUCUUGGCUUAUGGAUGAGAAGAAGCCCAGCGGAGUAACACAGAAGGAACUUAAACACUACACCAACAUUUUUGACGGUGGAAGACUUCAUCGUACGCUCAAGCGCAUUUUGGUUCACGGACGACCAGGUAUCGGCAAGACCGUUUUUACGCAGAAAGCUACAUUCGAUUGGUCCCAGCAUAGAUUUAAAGGAAAAAUAGGAAGAUUUGAUCUCGUACUUUUGGUCAAAUUACGCGAUGUUUGCAACCUCAAUGAUGUCCCGGCCAUUCUGAACGAUGCUAAUCUUCUCGCGCGUGAUGGCCCAGUUUCCACUGAGAACCUGUACGAUUACGUUCGUCGCCACCAAGAAAACGUGUUGCUCAUUUUGGACGGCUACGAUGAAUACGUACACAGCGCAGCAAGCCAAUCACCUGUUCUUCAAAUCUGGGAGAGAAAGCAGUUGAGGAAUUGUUGUGUUAUUAUAACGUCUAGAGACAUGAAAGGAGAGGGAUUGAAACGUUCCAGCGAUGCUCAAUUUGAGAUCGACGGUUUUGACCGUGAGCGACAAGAAGAGUUCGCCCGUAGAUUCUUGAAAGAUGAUCAAGAUGUGAAAGAAUUUUUUCGAUACUUAGAGCAACAAGACCUGGAAGAUGUAGCAAAAAUACCUAUUUUGCUUUUAAUGUUGUUGUUGGUUUGGAAAGAAAAGGAUCGUGAAGGACUACCUUCAUCACGGGUGAAGGUGUACUUUCAGUUUCUGCAGACUAUGUUUAAUCAUAUGUCUGAAAAACAAAAAAAGCCGGCGGAAAAAGUUGACGACCACAUUCAAGAACUCUGUAAAAUAGGAGAACUAGCCUUUGACGCACUUCUACAAGAUUUACUUUCUUUUCCUGUCAGUAAACUGCCGGAUCAUGUUUUGGCUGAGAAACUGAUCGAGGCUGGGUUGUUUCAGCUGCUAAACAUGUCCGCUCUUAACCCGUGCAAAGCCGUGCACUUCAUUCAUAAAUCCAUGCAGGAGUUUUUGGCUUCUUUAUUUCUAAAAGAAAAACUGUUAUCUCAAGAAAGUAAAAACACUUCCCUUUUCAAAGUCGACUCAAUUGAAAAGAUCUUCAAGUUGAAUGAGGUUUUUAAAUUUGCUGCUGAAAUGUCCGAAGAAGCCGCGCGCGAGAUCUUGGUUCAUCUGUUGGAAAUGGCGGCGAAGGAAGACUCAGAGUACAGCUUCGACAACCAAGCACCGUCAGUCGAAGAUUUGUCAGAAACACAAAAAAAUCUUUUAACUCUAUGUACACAGUUAUUCUUCUACUGCUCAGCAGACACGAGAUCAGAACUUUUGCCCACUUUUCUUUCUAAUCUAGGAGGUGUUUUGUUCAUAUUAAAUCCUGACCAGCUGAAUAUUGCAGCAAAGGAAAAUUUUGUUAAAACUACCGCUUCACUUAUGUACAUAUUUUUCUCUUAUAGCAACCAGUAUACAGAGCAAAGUUAUAAUAAUUUAAUAGCUUUAGCACAGCAAUUAAACGCUGUUAUAGUUAGUAGAACAGGAGAACAAAAAGCAUCAGAAUUUUUGAAUGUAUUUCCAUGGCGUAGUGUUGACGAGUUUUUUUUAAUGAAAGAAGAAAACAACACUCACCUUUAUUUUACUCAAAUUGUAAAACGUACAUAUCAUGGCAUUUCUUCUCUUCCUUUUAAAAUGGUAAAGACGUUAGUUAGUUUAGAAGAGACAACAAAGAAGACAAACAUGAAUGGUGAUGAGUCAAGUGAAGAGAGCAGCAGCAGCUGUUGUUCAAAGCGUCAUGGUCUCUCCAGGGUUUGGAGGAUUGAUGCUGAGUGGGUGAACAGGUCAGAAGUGGAACAGCUGAUUGAGAUGAUGCCGUUUAUCACCGCUCCACACGUGAUAUCGGUUUGGGGUGAACUAUACGGUGAAGUGUUUGAUGCUGAGGUAACAGAGUCUCUACUGAGGAGCAUCCCAACAAUACACAAACUGGAGAGAUUAAUACUCCGUGCUAUCAAUUUAACUUCAUCACCUGCUGUGGAGUUCAUAAGCAGAGUAUUUAAACAAGAUCUUCCAAACUUGAAGUUGCUCGACAUGUCAUGGAAUCCUCUUCUGGGUGCAGGAGUCGACAGCUUGAUAAAACAUCUCAGCUGCGCUCCUCACCUGGAGGAACUGAAACUUGAAGAUGUGAAGAUGACUCCACAGCAGGUGAUGAAUCUCACAUCAGCCAUCAAGCAGCACGGAAACAUCAUUGAACUGUGGUCAGACUACCACGUAAGUUUUCCAAUUUUAUCGCAAUUUGUUUCUUUAUUCUUUGUUUACAGUUUAUUUCUACUCAGCUCUUGCCUUUCGCCAUUUUCCUUUCUUUGUCAUUUUUAUACUCGACAAAACACGAGAUUUGCUUUUGAAAUCAAAUCGCAAACUUUAGCAGAUUCAAAGAAUCAUUUCAAAUUCAUUUCUUUCAACUGAUUAAACUAACUCCAUAAAAUGUUUUAACUGAGAACGUUAAGAACAAGUAACUUUAGCUGAUAUUAAAACAUGGAGUUGAACACAAGAUGAGAAAUUUCUUAUCUUCAAGCAGCCAUAAGAUGAUAUUAUUGGGUGAAAACAAGAACUUUUAGCAAAACAAAAGCACAUAAUUUCCACAGUAUUAAUUUCUCAAUCAAUUUUAAUUCAUACCUCUUCAUAAAGUAACAAACAAGAAUCAUAAAAGCAAAUGAAAGAUGUUCAGUUCAUGUUCAAUUCAAACAAAUGAGCAAAGAGGAAACACAGUGAACUCACAGUUUCACAUUUAUCGUCCAGGGCUCCUAUAAAAACAGUUUAAGUCAAGUGAAGUUCUUUUGAAAGUCCAGAAAACAGACAAGUCUUUGUUAUAGCUGUUCUUUUGUUAGUUCUUGAGCGUUUCUUUGGUAAAUACUGGUCCUUGCAGUUCGGUGAAGCGUUGGUAUUUGAAAUAACAACCCGCACAAAAAAAUUGUAUCUUCAAGACAACGGUUGAAAGCAACACCAAAAAAAUUUUCCUUACAGGUAAACACUUCUCUGUUCUCCACUGUCUAGCAUAAGUGUCCAUUGCAUGAUUUUCAUCGCGUAAAUAGCACAAGAUUGUUUUCAAUUUUCCCAGAACACUCGCCAUACAAGUCAAAUCCUGCGGAGCUUUGGGCUUUCGUGAAAUAUCCGUAUAAAUGAUGUUUCCUUGAGCUUCGAACAACUCCUUAGCAUAUUCCUGAGUAAAAAGAGAUAAAUCCCUGUCUUAUGUAACAUUUCCUUGAUGUUUUCUUAUUAAAUUUUGAGUUCAUCCUGAACAGUUUGCCGUUGAAGAGCGAACUGAACAAACUACAAAAAAACAACAAACGAUGUCAUUCAAAGCAUAGUGACGUGCGGCAACUGAUUGGUUAAAUCUACCUCGGAUGAACAAUUCCUAGCCUGAAUUUCAUCCGAUUACUUCGAGUCGUUAUUACUCCCUCAGUAAGUGAGAGAGAGGCGAAAACGACUCGAAGCAAUCGGAUGAAUUUCAGGCUAAACAAUUCCUCGGAUGAUUUUUCACGUGAUGACAUUUUCCCGCCUUUCGUUUUAUUACGUAACAAAAUUCCCGCCCGCAAAAAAUACACUGUGAUCUGCGAGUUUUGUAACGCAGAAGAUUUUCGAGAGAAAAUAAAAAGCAUUUUAUUACUUUGAUUUUGAUUCUGCUAUUUUGCAUGCAAGAUUCUCGUACGUGCGCCUUGAUAAAAAGAACGUUUGUCUUACCAAUCCCGCCGAGAAGUCAAAAUCUUCGCUUUUAUACAAGGGGAAAACAUUAUCUCAGCCAGGGGCGUAGCCAGCAUUUCGACUAGUUGUAGGCCGGGCUGACUUUCAUUUCCACAUAUCCUGAAAAUUGCACGCAUGACUAGUACGCACUGACCUCACCAACACUUUGAGGUCUUAAGCUUUUUAGUUCACCCCAACAACGCAUAAUUUAUUACAAGCAGUAGAGUGAUCAAACCAAAAAUUUGUAGUCCCGUCUUACAGAUCUAUGGGCUGGCUACACCCCUGUCAGCAAAUAACCGUAAAAACGCUUAAAAAUAUAUCUUGUUAGUUGUUGUUUACACGUAAACCUUGUGCUCGUAUAAUUUUUGACCAUGAUUUAUAGGGCAGAAAGCAUUUUUCCUUGUUUAGGGAUUUUUCAGUUCAUUCAUUCACAGCAGGUCAAAUUUUUAUUAGAGAGAGCUUAUUCGUUUAUUAUUUUGAAGUGAAUGAUUAUAUUUCCGAAAUUAUAUCGAUGGCCCAUGGAUCGCCGUUUCUGUUAGGAAUAAACGGCAGAACUAUAGUAGACUUGCUCACAAGUCGAGCUUUUGAGCGCGUAGCGCGACUGUGAGCGCGAAGCGCGAUCGUACGAGCGCGAAGCGCGAGCGAGCGAAACACCACACCAGACCAGAAAACCAAGCGAACGACUUUGAGAAAGUCUAGGACUAUAGCUGUCUAUUCUCUCUUGAGACGCACUCAGACAUUUAUAGACCACAAGUAGCCUGUUUCAGGCGUUCAGCGAGUGUGGAGAAACGAGGAAACAAAACAGCGAGGAAUUUAUAAUGUAUUUAGGGAGCCCCUGUCCCUUUCUUCUGCUUUGUUUUUUAUACGGUCAUCUUACCGCCGCUCCCCACUAUCUGAACGCCUAGAACAUGGUAGCCAAAAGCCACUUAUAUUUGUUCUCUUGAAAAAGAAGACGCUUUUUAAAGCUGUUUAGCAAAAAGCCGCGCUGGUGUCACCUAUUGACAUUUCGUUCCAACCAGACCGAAAAGAAUUCUUUUGUUGUAUGCCGCACGGUUGGGCCGAGGAUAAAUUGGAAUCAGCCGAACCUGUGUAUGAAUCUUAAAACAGAUCAGGUCAGUUUCUUCGCGAUAAAGCGAUCUGGUUUGGUUGGUCAUGUUUACAGAGUUUUGCAAUAAGUCCAUGUACUAAGGGUUUCCUACUUUAUAAUAAGCUCACACCUUAAGCAGAACACAGCUUCAGGCUGGUUUUUGUCUAAACACUGUACUUUUUAUUAGGCCAAGUUUUGACUGUUGAUCUUUGCUUUUGGUACGCGAGGCUUGUUUUGAACUCAGUACAUCUUGUCAAAGUUCUUGUCAAAAAACAAUUGUCUUUCGUUUGUCACUGUACUCACGUUGUACUUAAAAUGAAGGUUUUGAAAUGUGCACACGUCCACACGUUACUAAAAGUGGAUGGGUGGUUUUAAGUAUUGUUUUGUAUUUUGUUGCAGGAUAAUAAAGGAAACCCCAAACCUGAACAUGAAUGGCCAUCAGAGGACUUCUGGAGAAUUCUCUACCCUCGUCUCUUUCCUGAUUCAUCACCUGAAUCAGCGCAUGAACAGGAGCAGGUUAGACAUCACUGAAAGUUUUUGUGAAAGUUUAUUUAUUUAAUGUUUAGUAAGACUUUCAGUGUUUGUCUGAACAGUUCAAUUUUUCUGUCCGUCAGAGAUAAUCAAACACGCUCGAAACAGCCCGUAAAGAGAACCGGAGUCGGUGAGAAACGAAAACUGCCCUUCCUUUUCACUUUGCUCCACUCCGAUCCACUCCCCACUAUCUGAAUGCUUGGAACAGGCUGGCCAAACAUGACUUUUGCCUUGGAAGCUGUUUAGGGAAGAUAUCGCUUACUUUUCCUACUGACAUUUUGUGCCAAGGAGACCAAUUGGCUUUCGAAAAAAUUUUGUUUAACAGUUGGUAGAUCAACUAAGAAAUUAGAAACAAACACCUUGUCUAAGAUUUAAAAAACGAGUUCGUUUUUGUUCUCGUAAAUUCCGAUGAAGUGAUCGAUAACUCUCUGGUAGUUCGGAUGGUUGCAGUGUAUUGCAGCAAGUUCAGUCACUAGCAGAGGGGUUUCACACCUUGUAAUUAUCUCACCCCUUUAGCAGAACUCAGUUCCCGGCUAAAUUUGCCCAUCAGACACUGUACUUCUUAUUAGGCCAAGUAUUGAUUUAAUGAUCUACACAGUCGGCACGUGCCGCCUGUUUUGAAUUUAGUACAUCUUGUCAAAGUGUUUGUCAAACUUUUUUUUCGUUGCUCACUUAAAAUAUCCUUUGUCUCUGUUCUGUAAUUCCAUUGUUCUUAAAUGAAGGUUUUGAAAUGUGUACACGUCCACGCUUUAUUAAAGGGAGAUGGGUGGUUUUAAGUAUUUUUUUGUAUUUUGUUGAAGGAUUAUAAAGAAAACCCCGAACCUGAACAUGAAUGGCCAUCAGAGAACUACUGGAAGAGUGAGUACCCUCACCUCUUUCUUGAUUCAUUACCUCAAUCAGCGCAUGAGGAGGAGCAGGUUAGUCAUCACUCACCUAUUUUUGUGAAAGUUUAUUUAUUAAAUAUUUAGUAAGAGUAAGUAAUUUAGUGUUUGUGUGAACAGUUGUAUUUUUCUGUCCAUCAGAGAUAAUCAAAUACGCUCAGGAGCCUUCAUUUGUAAGUCUCCAUUGCGGAGGAUUUCCGAGUUGGUGAUACUGAGUUAGUUUUUGAUACAGUAAAAACCUGCGUGUAAGAACCUAGUGGCUUAAUAACCUGCUGGUAGCAAUUUGCUUCUUUAUUACCCAACAAUAUAAGAACCAGGUUGGCCAAACGAGAUCAGGCAAGUUCUUAUCUGUGGGUUACAGUUAAAUUAAUAAGCUUAUUCAUCAUCUAAAAACAGAACAGGUUUCGUCACCAGCUUCCUUUCUUUAAGUUUAUGCAUCAGUCAUUUGAAACUCCGGCUCCCCGACCCCCGGGACUUAGCGGGAAAUUUAACAUUGGAUUGGUGUUAAAACACCGCUAAUUUUCCCGCUCCCCGGGCCAAGUAGUUUGUUAAAAGCCCCGUAUAGCAGGGAAUUAGUAAAGUGUAGUUCUAGGCUCGAUUUCAAACGUUCUGUCCGAUCUGGUAUUCUGUAUUUCUUAAAAUUCAAACCAUCGGACCUGUUAAUUGAAACUCUCGAUUGCGCUCCUUUAAAUUCAUGAAAAAUGUUACCCUGGGUGCCAGAGGAUUUUUUUUCUUACCUAAUUCCUGAGAACGGACCUCUGGAGCCAGUGUAGAAAAAUGUGGUUAGAUCGCUUACAAAAAGGUAACUGUCUGUAUGGUAUACUUGUAAGGGCAUGGGAUCUUAAGCGAAACCGGGGGAGGGGGGGGUACUUCCUUAUAUAAGCCAUAUAGGUAUAGUCAACUCUCGCUUUGCGGACACCCCGAUAAUACGGACAGCAGCUAAGUUUCCCGGCCAAAACAAAUUACAGAAGUUUGACUUGAGUAAACUCCCGCUAUUAAGGACUGUCGUUAACGAGGACACUAAUUUGAGGUCCCUACAGUGUCCGCUAUAAAGGGCCGGUUGACUGUAAUUCUGACAUAAUUUCUGCCUAAAUGUUAGCUCUGAAAACGGGUGUGGAUUUUAGGGUGUGGAAGAUGAUACUUUUUGGUCUGAAGUAGGGUCAGGAUUUGGAGAACUAGGCGGUACACCCCCACCGAGAAUUACCCGGAGUACCCCUUGGCAAGCGAAACAGCUCUGUCUGUCUCCAAUUUUCUAAUCGUGAAAGUAAUGGGAGAGGAAUCGGGAAACUUAGAAAGCGCUUUUGGGAUUAAUUUAUCGUCGUUUACGUACGAGGUGAACAAAUGAGACUCAAAUGAGAUUUGUGAAGUCAUUAAAGGCAACGCUCGACCAAUGUGUAGGACGUUCUAUACAUUUUCUUUCUGUGUCUGAGACUAGGGCAACCUGUUUUGUGCCUUCCUGCCCUGUUUCUCCUAUGUUUUAAUAUUACCAUUCUCUGCGGCAUCAUCUCUCUUCUGCCGCCAUACAAAACUUUGGGAAACGAGGCUUUUCCUUUAGUCACUCAUGUUAAAUCCCCGCUUCUAUGCCCGCUUCCAAAAAUUCCUAUUACUGUUUAAUUCCCGCUCAUGACAUGGGUAAAACAGGUAUUUUGUUAAUUCCCCUGCCACUAGGGCCAACGUGUUAAAUGUGCGUUAAAUCCCGGCAUUGGCCGCGUUAAAUCCCCGCUAUGCCGCUGUGGUCGCGGGGCCGGGGUCAGUUGACUAAUGCAUUAUUUACUUUAUUUAGUUUUAUUUUUCUGUCCGUCAGAGAUAACCAAACACGCUUUGGAGCCUUCGUUAAUUAGCGUCCUUUACUGAAGAUUUUCGAGUUGGCGGUAGUUAAUCUUGGCAGUUACGUUAAAAGGUUUUAAAUUGAGAACCCGUGCAUUAAGAAUAGUUUUAUUUUAUUGUUGCAGGCUAUUUUAAGGAAAAUCUUGCUUUCACUUGAAUCGCCUGAUCUCAUUUCUGAUUCAUCAUCUGAAUCAGAGAUGGAACUUAAGCAGUUAGUCAUCCAUUUCUUUUGUUUAAGUUUAUUUAGUUUAUCUUUGUUCUGUUUCAUCUACGUUUUUAUUUCCCUUGAACUAAAUUGAUUUCGGGUUCGGUUAAAAAUAAACUACAGAUAAAAAUUGCCUGCUGUUCUCUCGCAGGUCGCGCUCAGUUGAUUUUAGGCCAAAAGUAGCCUGUUUCCCCACUAUCUGAAUGCUUGGAACAGGCUAGCCAAAAGUGACUUUUGCCUUGGAAAAAAAAAGGAUUCCUUUUUUUAAAAGCUGCUUAGGGAAGAUAUCACUUACAUUUUGUGCCAAGUAGACCUAAUGCGUUUAGAAAAAGAGUUUUGUUUAACAAUUGGUAGAUCAAAAAAGGAGUUCGUUUUGUUCUCGUAACUCCGAUGAAGUGAUCGAUAACUCUCCAUCUGGUAGUUUGGAUGGUUACAGUGUUUUGCAGCAAGUCCAGUCACUAAUAUAAGGGUUCGCACCUUGUAAUUAGCUCACCCCUUUUGUUUAUAUUAAAUAAGUCAUUCAUAUUACAAUCAUACAAGAUCUGUGGCAGAUGCUGCCUCUAAAAUGUCUUACAACGGCAGGCGGAAAUCACGAAACAUAUAAAUGAUUGUUCAUGUGUUCAAUCACGUGACGGCACACAGGAGUUAAAGUUGAAAAAGAUGGCGCAAAUUUUUCAAGUUGCAAUCCGUUUGCAUCCUGGCCAUCAAUAGCCAAAGUCUUACACUUGUAGUGGAGCUAUAGUAGUACGUAAAGUCAUUUGAAAUAGAACUGAACCGUUAUUUCAGGGUUUUCUUUCAUUCUAAUGUCUGUUCUUUCUAAAAUAAGUACGCUAGGGGGCUUACAGUUACAUAUAGAAGAUGCAUGGUGUUUAGUGUCAUAAAAUGUAUGAUUUUGCCAGAACGAGGGAGAAGUCAUUGAAUCUGAAGAUGGAAAGGCAUUAUAUGAAUCAGAGGAGAAUCAAGAACAGGUUGGUUGCUGA